GAGCGGAAUAUCCGUGCGUGCAGUCGAGAUUUGUGUAGCGGAAGAACACCGUCCAGCGGCAAGUGGACCGUGGUUCGGGCAAACAGCAAGUACGUUCGCGGAUACCCGGGGUGGGUCCACAAACAAGCCAUCCUAACGCUGGACCAGUGACUGAUUAUCAGUGCAUCGUCUCUCUGUCUAGGAAUGCACAGUCACCCAUAAUGAACAGUUCGGGCAACGAGAUAUGGCGACCUAUGACGAUCUCCAAUCCUUCCACCCGGCUCCGAGCUGCUCGCGCUAUGCCCCAUUGGGUGCACGCCAGGGAGCCAGACGAAAACAUAGCUCCACCACCACUGCCCACCACUGAACCCCCGCCUCUGGAUCCGGAUUAUGAAGUGAUCGAGUUCCCUGGACAAGCGUACACCAACGCCCCACUUCCCGCUAAGCCCACCGCAACAGGAGAUGGGAAACGAGGGGAUGGUCGUCACUGUGACCUGUGUGGAUGCUCUACUCCCACUGUGCGCUGUGAUAAAUGUGCUCAUCAGAUCUUCUGCCUCUCCUGUGAUGACAUGUAUCACAGACACCCCAAGAGACAAAGCCACGUCAGAAAAGGUCCAACUCUGCCCAAGAAGGAUUUCUCUAUCAAGGAUAAGAUGGGAAGCUUGAAAAGGAUGAUGGGUGGCCGGCCUUUACCGCCACCACCUAGCAAAUUUCAGACAGCAACAAGAGAUGACUUUGACCACAUGGCACCAAGUCCUCCAGCACUGAACUCAGUUCCACCUGAGCACACACACCAACCAAAACCACAAAUGGCUGACCGUAUGGGGACUCUACAACAGCGCUAUCGUCAACAUCAGGCAGCCAUGAGGGGUACCAAUCCCAACAUCCCACUUACUGUUGUGGAAAUGAGCAAUAAGCAAAGUGAAAUUGAACGAGAGAAUGAGAUGAAGCAACAAAGAGCCAGGAGCAACAGUAUGGCCAACAGUAGUUUUACCAACUUGCCUGAUCAACAUCUACCACCAAGCAGGGACAGUGGUUACCCAGACUGGGAAGCUGAACAAUGGGCCCUACGAAACCGCUCAGGCAGUAUUUCUGGGUCAUCUGGCAUUGACAUAAGUUCGAAGAUGCGAUAUAAUUCAAGCGACAUAUCUGGCUUGGCAACACUAUCUCGUCGUCGUACUAGCGAAUUCCAGACUCCACCAUCAACUCCUCAACGAAAUAAUGGAUUUUUUGGUAGGGGACUUAUACAGAGUAGUUCUGUAACUGAUCUACAGGGAAUGGGGAACUUUCCACCACAACCACAGCCAAAUUUUCACACAAUGCAGCAGGCUCAGUCCAUGGCCCAUCUGAAUUGUCCAAGUUGUCAUCAUGGCAUGGUUUGGAUGUCUAAUAACCCAUGGGAAUUUGGUGGCCCACCUGGAAGGACACCCAGCAAUUUAAGUUUAAACAUGCCUGCACCUGGAUAUACUGGUGGAGAUGGCAGUAGAUUUGUACCAAUGUGGGGUGGAGGUGUCAACAACAUGGGUACCUGGCAUGGUCCCCCACCUGGAAUAUAUCCUACCUCACCCCCAGGAGCAUACCCACUACAAAUGAGUGCAUCACAAACCAACAUUAAUGCACCUAACACCAACAUGCUUCCUCCGAACAUAGGCCACAGUGAUCAUAGACAUUCUUCACCAGCGCACAGUACAAAGUCAACACAACAGCAGCAUCGCAGGAGACCUGCAUCCCCAACCCUUAGUGUCAAGUCAACCCAGCUGCAUAGGAUGACAUCUCCAGCUCCAAACAUGAAGACCAUUCAGCAAUACCACAGAGCUGUAUCACCGACACCCAGCACAAAAUCACGGAAAUCACAGACCACAAGAUUGAAUCAUAAUCAGACACAGCAACAUAUGGCUACAACGCAUCAGCACAGACGUCAUGUGACUUCAGAAAGUUCUGGAGAAGAUUACCUCUCAAAUGUCCAGAAUGAUGAAGAAGAAGACAUAGAUGAUGCUAAUCUUGAGAAAGGAUCUGAAGAGGAAGAGGAAGCACAGCUACCUCCUCCAAAACCUGUGAUUCCCACACACCAAUGGGAAUGCGAGCACUGUACAUAUGUCAAUCGUGCUGGUACCAGGGUUUGUGCCAUCUGCUGUAAGACACCCACAGGUCUGCCACAGAGACCAUCAACAGAUUCACAACAACGGCGCAGACUGAGAAGAAAUAAUUCUGAUACUGGUGGAAUUACCAACAGUUUUAAUAUAAAAACCAGAAGUAAGAAAAACACAAGUAGUGGUACAAGUUUCAGGCACAGCAGUGUAAAGAGCACCAAUAGUCACAACAAUGCUGAUUACAAUAAUACAGGCACUAGCAGGCAAUGGCAUCACAGUGAAUUCACAGCCAAACAACAGCCACAACCUACAAGUGACGACUAUAGUGACAUUCCCUAUGAUGAAAGCUAUGUUGUUGCUAAGUUCAACAAACAACUAAGAAUUACACAGAAAUCAGGCAAAGCUGUAGAUGCUGAGGAAGACCCGUAUGAAGGCAUGCAAUUGAAGUCCUCAGAUGUAGAAUCAACUAACAGUAAAAGGAAAGGGGAAAUUCUGGAAGAUGCGAAGACAUCUGAAAUGGCUCAGAGAAAAUCUCGCCAUACUGAAUUAAGUGACUCUUUGUCUGAGACUAAAUCUGUUCCAUCUGCCCCUUCAGACAGACUCACUACCACAACUACCACAGAAUCCUCUGAUUCUCACUCUCAACUCUCGAUAGCAACACCAUCUCCAUUACCUGUAGUUAGUAAUCAGGAAUUUGCUGCAACAAGCAACACUGUAAAGGAAAUUCUGAAGCCUCCAGCAAAACCAGCUGCAAAGAGUACUGUGUCAACAGGAGUUGGACCGUCACCUCCUAGAGAGAUUCCUACGCAAAUAUCAGAAAGUAAACCAGUUCAGACAAGUGCUGUGUCAAGUGACACUCUGUCUGCCACAGAAACUCAGGCAACAAAAUUCAACACUGAAAUACAGGCAACAGAAUCCAGAACCAACAUAAAUGCUCAGUUUUCUUGCAAAUCUAAAAUGGUGACAUCUACUGGCACAUCACCUCCGCCACAGAGCAUCUCAACUCAGACAUAUGAAGUGCCUCAGAAAGUGAUGAGCAUGUCAGGACGAAGCGAAGCUGCAAUAUCACCAGUCAGUAAGCAUGGGGAUUCUUACAGUGAACGUGACGAAGUGUAUAAGCCAACACAAAGAUUGAAACGUGCCAUGUCACUGCGUAUGAGCACACAGACAGCUGAUGACACCUGGGGAGCUACUUCUCACUACCUCUUUCGCUCACAAAGCCGACAGUCACUCAUGAGUGAUGCUCAGAGUUUGCCACUAUCACCUUCAAGGGACUCUAGUCCUGUUCAAUUUGGAAGCAAAUUUCUUGAUGAUGAGAUGCUUAUGUAUGGAGAACGUAACAAUCUUGGUUCAUAUUAUGGUGGACCUUCCAGUGACCUUAGAAGAGAUGACUAUCAAGAGGGAAAACGCCGUUCAUUGGUGGACCACAAACGAACCUCAGAUUCAACAAGAGGCCAUGUUGAUAUCCGUCACAAUGACCAAUUAGAUAACCGGAGAACUUCUUUUCCAGCAGAGUCUCAUGGAUAUAAUAAUUAUUUAAGGCCUGAACGUGCAGGACGUCGCCACAGCAUUGGCAGUCGUGCUGGGUCCCAACCGCCAGAUGGUCAUCUUGGGAUGAACCGUCAAGAUUACUUUGCUUUGGAAGAUUUAGUACAGAGGCAACGUACAGAAGCAAUGAAAUCUCAGGGUCUUGAAUUAGUCAGGUUGCUUAGGGAAGCUGAACAGCACAAUUUCACAGCUGAAGACUUGCAGGUGGCAAUGAACCACUGUGGUGACAAGAAUCCAGUUGACUGGUUAAGGGAGAACUGGCGCAACAUGAUAGACACUGUGGUCACACUGGCAACUAACUAUGGUCAUGAACGUAAAGAGAACAAUAUUGGCACCAUAUCAGUUCCUGAAGCACGUGAUGCUCUGCGCUUGCACAAGGGGAAUGUGUGGGCAGCAGUCACAGAGUGUGUUGAGCAACGUCAGAAAAAGUAUGCAGAUUUGCUGUCACGCGGUAACUUCACGAGAGAGGACAUUGUAACCGUUCUAACAGCAAAUCACGGUAAUAUAGAAGCUGCUUAUCUUGAGCUCAGCAAAACUCAACUUAAACCAUUCCUUAUGAGGAUCUGGGGGCCCCCAAAUGGAACAGAAAAUGAAAGUGGGAAUAUUAACGCAGAGAAUAUUGGGGUGAACACUAAAGAAAUACCAGAUGAUGUUUCCCAGAAACACCUUGAUGAAGAAGAUGACAAUAUAUCAGUAACAGACUUCCUAGAUGCACAUUCUGAUACCGAAUCUCAUGAAGCAAUUAUUGACGGCAAAAAAGCGGUGAGUCAGAUAUCUGAAUCAGUCCUUCCAGAUGAGCCUUCAACUUCGGAGACUGCAAUACAGGUUAUUAGCACUACAAGUUUACAGGGAAGUAAUGUUAAAACCGAUGAUGUUAGAUUGGACCAAUCAGAUAUUCAGGUAAAUGACAAACAGCCAGUCAAAAAUGAGGACCAGCACAUUCCUGUUAAAUCUCCUGAGGUAGAGGACAAAGUAAUAUCUAAAGAACAUGCAUUCCAGCUGCUGAUAAAUGUGCUGACAGGCAAUUAUUCAGACAUUCCUCAAGCAAAAGCAUUCAAAGACUCGAUAAUUGCUGCACUGUGCAAUCAGGCCCCUGCCCAAACCGAAAGUCAAAGCGAAUUAAACCCAGCAAGCUUAACACAGCAACACGGAUCAUCUGAGGCUUCAGGAGAAGUGCACGGUAUCAUAGAUUCAGAAUCAGUAAAUGGAGAAUAUUAUUUACCUGACAACAUUGCAGAUAACAAGAGGUCAGCUGAAUUAACAAGUUCUAAAGAAGAUACUGAAGAACAAAGUAAAGUACUCCAUGAAUCAAUUGUGCAUGUAACUGAAGAAAACAUUUCAGCAUCUUCCCCUGAACCUAGAAACAUAGUAGAAAGCACAUACAUUCAAUCUGAUUCCAGAAUCAAACAAUACAGUCCAAAACUGGAUCUAGCCAGAAACUUGGACACAAAUAUUUUUUCAAUGGAUGAAAGUUCGGACGUCACACUCGAUCAAAUAAUGACAGAACCACCACCUGCACAAAAACCUGCAGAAACACCCAGUGACAAAGAUGAUCAAGAUCACAAUAUAACUGCAAUACCAUUACAGCUGAAAGAAACACUGCAAAAUACAGUACAAAGUGCACCCUCAUUCCAAGAGCACUGUGCAGAUGAAGAAGAUGAUGAUUAUGAAGAAUAUGUAACAAAUGAUGAAAUGGAAGAAGAAGAAGAUUAUGAGGAAGAAGAUGAUGAAGAAGAAGAAAAUGAAGAAAUAAAACUUAUCAUGGAAAAUAUUAUUGCAGUUAGUGAAUCACCAAAAUGCUCAAUGGGUCAAGAAAAUGUUCUCAACUUUCAAGAUAAGACAAUUGAAAAUGAAGUGGUUUUAAAAAAAGACAGAGAAAAUGUAACAGACAGUUCAGCAGCUUCUGACCUAACUAAACAAGAAGACAAAACAGAUUCUGUUGACUUGAUUACAAUGAAAGGUGAUGAUGUUUCAGCUCCAAGUUCCCAAGGAAUGGUGACAGAACAUUCACCACAUUCACCAAGACCUGCAACAAGUGAUUUGGCUUUCUUCAACACAGAAUCUCCCAAUGCUACUUCAAGCACACAAACUUCCAUGGUCAGGGAAGCCCCAAUUCCUCCUAAACGUAAAUUAGCAAAGGGAAUUAAAAAUCCACCAAGUGUUGCCACCACUACCACUUCAAAUAACAAUGAAGCUAUAACCCCAAACAGUAAUUCAUAUUUAACCCAGUCAGGUUCACCUAAGUCAGAAGUCCUCCAAACAAUAAACAUAGGUAAUCAAUCGCCUGACCCUGCCAAAGUGAACAAUGAACACGUGCAACCUUCAACAAUGUACCCUGCUGAGAAUGAAAGCUUGGAGAAACAAGAUGAAAUCCCAAGCCCAACAGACUUAUCUAGCAAGGUCACAGAUCAAAUGCAAUUUGAGCGCCAGGUAAGAAGAUUUCUUGCCGAGGGGUUGGUGAAAACAUAUGAUCAGGCUGAGCUAGCUGUCAAGCUGAUGGAUCUGAAGUUUGAACAAGAUGAGGCACUGAAUGCAGCUCAAGAAUGUAGUAACCUCAACACAGCCCUCUCAUUCCUGCAACAAGAGUGUGAACUCUGUACUGGAAAAUAUCCCAUGAAGCAGAUGGUGUCCAUGCUGAAAUGUACCCAUUGCUGCUGCAAGGAGUGUGCAAAGAACUACUACACGAUCCAGAUAACUGAUCGUAAUAUAAAUGAUGCUGUAUGCCCAUUCUGCAAGGAACCAGAAAUGCAGAAUGAUGAUGAAGCACUAGAAUACUUCAGUAAUCUUGACAUCCUUCUCAAAAGUUUCCUUGAUCCAGCUGUCCACGAGCUGUUUCAGAGGAAACUAAGAGACCGAACACUAAUGCAAGAUCCCAAUUUCAAAUGGUGUGUCAAGUGUUCUUCUGGUUUCAUUGCAAAUCCCCGCCAGAAGAGGUUAGUCUGUCCUGACUGCCGUUCAGUAACAUGUGCAUCCUGCAGACGACCUUGGGAGAAGCAACAUGAGGGUAUCACAUGUGAAAAAUUUGCAGAAUGGAAAGAAGCUAAUGAUCCUGAGAUUCAGGCUGCUGGAUUAGCUAAACACUUAGCUGAACAUGGUAUCGACUGUCCGAAGUGCAAGUUCAGCUAUUCACUGGCAAGAGGAGGCUGCAUGCACUUCACAUGCAGCCAAUGCAAGUACGAGUUCUGUUGUGGCUGUGGAAAAACAUUCACGAUGGGAGCCAAGUGCAGUAUGGGACCAAAUUGUGCCAAACUGGGCCUACAUGCUCACCACCCACGCAACUGUCUCUUUUAUCUGAGAGACAAGGAACCUACACAGCUGCAGACACUACUGAAGGAACACAACAUCUCAUUCGACACAGAGCUACCACCUAACCUGAAGACUCAAGAGCAGAAUGGUGAGAAACUGAAAUGCCUGGUACAGUUGCAAAGAGAAACGCCUGCAGGAGUAAUUGAUACUGUGUGCAAAGAAGAUAUAGCAGAAGGGCAAGCAGGACUAUGCAGGCUACACUACAUUGAGUAUUUAGUGGGGCUCAUUGCCAGACACAAGGUUGAUCCAAUCAGUAUAUUUGAUCUGACGGAUGUACAGCAGGAGCUAAGACGCAGGGGAAUGGCUCUACCUGCCAAGGAGGCCAAUACUACCGAUGAUGAAUACAGGAUUUUGUGUGCCAAGGUAGUUCAAGAGAAGAUUCCAUUAGACUGAAAAUGAGAGUUAGUGUUCAUAUGAAUACUCAUAGCAACCAGCAGAAAUAUGUUAUGUUUGUCAACUGGCUUAGACAUAAUUUAGUUUGUGUGAUUGUUUAAACCUGAAGAUGAUUUCAUGAACCCUGUGCAGUAAAAAAACAAAUUUUUAAAACUUAUAUAAUGAUCCUACAAAAGAUGUGAAAAGGGCACUUUUGCAUAACUCUAUUGUGUGUUUUCAUUGAAUUAAAGAACUUAAUACAAUAUGUUUUCAUAUACCA